AUGAAUUGUGCUAUUUAUGAACAAAUUAAACUGUAAAAAUAAAUAACUGAUCUAUAUCACAAACAAAAUGCCAUUUAAAACUAUUGAAGUUCUGAUCUAAUUCUAUAACAUGAAUUUGCUCUUGCUGCUCAACUGUUCGGUCUCGGAUUGGACGAAAUUCGGCUAUGAAUAGCGUUAAAUGGCCUUGAAUCGUACAUAUUGUUCAUACAUGUAUCUAGGCCAGUAAGCUGUUUAAUCUAGCAGGCUCAGUCCAUGUGGUUUGUCGGAGUUUAAAACCAGGAGAAUGAAAAAAUGUAUUUCAAAACAAAUGGAUAUCAUUUUCUGAUCUAAGUGGACGCGAAUUGACCUCCCGUGGACGGGGUUAGUGUAUUUACCUGUGCCAGCGAUUCGUUUCGUCUUAUUGACACAAAAAACAAAGCUUUAUUUACCUUAGAGCACCCUUUGUAACUGAAGAAAUGAGCUGAGACGACCAGAUAGCAGCAAUGGAUUCAGACAUAGAGCCUGACAGCGACAAGAAGGACAUCGUCGUCAUCAUACGAUGUGUCAUCGUCGUUAUUGUCGGCAUAAUCUGCAUCACCGGCAACCUGCUGGUCAUCAGAACCCUCAUCUUCUUCAAGUACCCCAAAAUACCCAUGUACGUGGCAGUGGGUGGCCUAGCGACGGCGGAUAUCGUUCGCGCAAUCUUCGAGGUGCCUUAUUUUGUUAUUAUCUGGACAAAGAACGGUAAACUUUUAACUGCGGAUUGGUGCAAAACAGUUUAUUAUCUGCGGGACGUUAGCAUGUAUGUGGCCGUGUGUCAUCUGGUGGGGCUUAGUGUACUUCGUUGUAUUUUACUGAAUGACAGAAUGCACAUGAGAUCGUACGUGAGGCACGCCUUCAUCGGCUCCAUCGUGAUCUGGACUAUCAUCCUACUGAUGAACAUCCCCGGUAUCAAGGACUCUUCCAAAAAGAUGGGCGUGUGCAUUGAGGAAAACACCGACUUAAAAACCGCCACGGAACAGAAAGAGUGGUUGCAAUUGACGUUCUCUUACGGAUUGCCAAUUAUAGUUAUUGGUGUUGUGUAUUUUUUGACACAUUAUUUUUCGAAAAAGUUUUUCGCGGACAGCUACUCUCGUCGAGAGCGACGUUUGUCUAGGAUGGUCAGUCUUUUAAUCCUGACUUGGAUCAUCUUUAAGCUACCUUUUGAAAUCACUCGAAUGAUUACUUUCUAUAAAUCUCGGAAACUGGAGGAGAUCAUGUCCAUUCCUUUAGAGGAACAAACUGAUUUGAAAGGUAUGACCGAUAGCUUUGAAUCGUAUCUGAAUUUACACAAAGUGGAACAAAUGGUGGAGUGCAUCUCUUUAAUAGACUUGGCAGCAAGACCAAUAAUAUACAAUAAGUUUUCUCACUACUUUAGUAGAAGUUUCAGUGAGGUAAUAAACUGUACCAGCUGCCAGAACAACCAAACGCCCAAACGUGCCUAUCGGAAGCAGCGCAGCGCUGACAGCAACUGUACCACCGUCACCGACGCCGGCAGCGCCGAUGCGCCGCUCAAUGUGUGCAGUGUCGAGCAGUUCACCGGAAGUGAAGAAGAAAAAAUAAAUAACAAAAUUUUCAAUAAAGAUACCGGACAUCCGGAACCAGUGUAUCUUGACGAUGACGUUAUUGUCGUGUUGCCACGUGAAGACCCAAUAGAACGCAUGCCGUCGUCGGCAAUAUAAAAUUCUGUAUGCAUGUAUGAUUUACGCUAUGUGUAUAUGCUCAAGUUUAUACUCGUUUUUUCGCAUAGUUUGUUUUUCAUUGUAAAUAGACUCUGUUCCUAUUUUGAAUGGCGGCCGUAUGGUAAUUGUGAAUUCCAUCCUCAGAAGCAAAAUACCUCACAGAUCCCUUGAAUGCUCAAAUUCCAAUAUUUUUGUUCGAAUUUUACAACCUCAUAUAAUAUACCGAUUUACCAAAAUUAGGUCAUGCAUGAUAACUGACACACAACAAAUUUCUUGUACGUAUGUGAUUGUUGCAAAUAAUGUGUCUUGAUCGAUUUUAAAUCCGGUUUGAUUGAUGUAAUUUUAGGAUUAUGACAAUUUAAUUGUCAAUAUUUUGGUUUGAUAUUUGCGAACAUGUAAAUGAUACUGUUAUUUCCUCAUUGAUAUCAAAUCGUUAUUGUACAAUUAAUGCUAGAAUACCUAAAAGGCUAGAAUUUGAAGGGAAAAAAUAACCUUUAUAAAAUAAAACAUUAAAACUAAUUGAAUUUAUAUGAUUAAAAAUAUUAAAAUAUUAAUUAUUUAAAGAAUUUAAAGAACUUUUUGUUUUUUUAAUGUUGAAACUGCGACGAAUUCAUUUCUUUUAUGCUAAAAUAUUUUAUCACAAAUACUUUAAAAGAUGUGAUUUUUGUAUUUUGGUCUGAUUUUAUCAGUUCCUGACAUGUUGGCCUUGGCUGUAGAGUAGCUAUUCUGCAAUCGGAAACCAGUAAAGUAUCCAUCAAACUAAGCUCAAGUGAAUGGAAAUAUUGAACUUGAUAAAGUCACCAUCUGUCUUAAUUGAUACACAACUGUAGCAUUCAUUAGGGCGACUUUUUCUGUACAUUCUGUGUCAUCACAAUUUUAACAUCUUCAUUACCAUGACCGAGUUGUGACAGCUUAACUAUUUUAGGAGAUGUCCCCACGUCUCUCAACAAAAUGUUCUAGUUUUAAAAACAAUAUUUUACAGGCAGGUUUUUGAUGUACAAAGCUUUAUUUUUUGAAGGUUAAUGGCGUUUUUGACAUGAUAGGGCAUGUGUAAAUGUUGUAGAUUGUACAUGAGUACAUCCUGCAGUGCUGGCGAGAAUAUAGGGCAUUUUUCACCGAUCACUCAUUGUACUUACAGAAUAUGCUUUGUCAAUCAUUUGUCACACCCUCUUGGUUUACUGUCCAGGUAAUAUUUGGGUUUUUAUUUACUUCUUUCAGCAUUAAAGUUAAUCAGACGAGAUACUGAAUCCCGAGUGUAUGAAUUAGAGUUUUUGUUUUGUUGAUGUGUUGAUAAUUCAUGUGUACAUCUCAUUUAUAUCAGUAUUUUACCCAUUUAUGAAUGUUAUGAACUGUGCUUUGUGAAUGUACAUUGUGAGCAGUACAUAGGGAGUUGUUAUAAAACUGUUAUAGUAUAUUGCUAGACAACACGGGUAGAGGAUAUGUUCCGGGCGUACUGAAAUUACGACUCUCAGUUUGUCGCCUUUAUCUGAAAAUGUAAACAUUGUACUUUUGGUUGUAUUGUUUUGUGUUAAACGAAUCAAUAUGAAUAUAUUCAUUGCUCAGUUAUAUAAAUAUUAAUAAGCAGAAAA